AUGGCCCGACAAAAGGCAGAAAUCAGCGAAUAUGAGCGGAAGAGACAAGAGAACAUCGCGAAGACGCAGGCGCUCCUACGCAACUUGGAAAUGGAAGCCGCCGAAGCUGGUCUUGCACCUACGUCCCGGCCAACCGCUACCGCAACCUCCAAGCCCAAAUCGAAGAAGCAGGCACCGAAGCCAAAGAUAAAGGAGGAUCUAGUUCCGCGGCGCACAUCUUCGCGUCUACGAGGCAUUGAGGCGGACAGCGAGAAGGCGAAGCGAAAAGCCGAAGAGGAGUUGGAGGACCGGAGACGAGCUGAACAGGCGAAGAGACAGCGCGUCAGUGAUGCUUUCAAUUUUGGAGACAUUGUUGUUGCCGGAAAGGGGUGGGAUGUGAAUGGCAAUUUCUUCUCCAGCGUGGGGCCGGCGAAGCCGUAUGAGAGGACGUUCACGGCCAAGGAUGUCAAGGAGACGACGAACAAGGAAUUGAGGGCAUUGAGAGAGAAGAUGACUGGAUUGCAGCUGUGGGAGGAUUUUGAACCUAAUGAAAUCAAGCUUACUCCCGAGCGCAUUUAUGCAAUUGGACUGCAUCCCACUAUGGAUAAACCGCUUGUAUUCGCCGGCGAUAAACUAGGAAAUCUCGGUAUAUGCGACUGCGGACAGAAAGCAGCAGAAGUCAAGGUCGAAGACGAUGAGGAUUCCGACCCUGAAGGCCCUAGUAUAACCACGCUGAAGCCUCAUACGCGAACGAUACAUACAUUUCUCUUCAGUCCGCACGAUGCGAACGCCAUGUUCUCUGCGUCUUACGACUCAUCGGUAAGAAAACUAGAUUUAGCAAAAGGCGUUGCGGUGGAAGUGUACGCACCCGCCGACAAGAACGAAGAUGCACCACUCUCUGGCAUCGAGAUUGCCGCCGACAACGCCAACACGCUCUAUUUCUCCACUCUAGACGGCCGCUUUGGAAUCUACGACAUGCGCACGCCCUCCGAGCAAGCCGCGGGCCUCCAAAUCUUCAACCUCUCCGAAAAGAAAAUCGGCGGCUUUAGUCUUCAUCCUCUACACCCUCAUCUCGUAGCCACCGCCUCCCUCGACCGCACCCUCAAGUUAUGGGAUUUGCGCAAGAUCAGCGGAAAGGGUCAUUCGCGUCUCCCGGCCCUGAUUGGAGAGCACGAGAGCAGGUUGUCUGUGUCGCACGCUGCUUGGAAUUCGUCUGGACAGGUGGCUACCUCGUCGUAUGACGAUACAAUCAAGAUUCAUGAUUUUAGCAGGAGCGCCGAGUGGAAGGUGGGGACGACGUUGACGGAAAAGGAGAUGAAGCCAGCGACGGUAAUACCGCAUAAUAAUCAGACGGGGCGAUGGGUAACUAUAUUACGCCCCCAAUGGCAGCAAUUCCCCCAAGAUGGCGUGCAACGCUUCUGCAUCGGCAACAUGAACCGCUUCGUCGACAUCUACACUGGCAAAGGCCAGCAAUUGGCGCAGCUAGGAGGCGAAGGCAUCACUGCCGUGCCUGCCGUCGCCAAAUUCCAUCCUACGCAGGAUUGGGUGGCGGCGGGUACGGCGAGUGGGAAGCUUUGCUUGUGGAUGUAG